CUUCUCUUGCUUUUUGGAUCUUCCUGGUGAUUGGAGAGGCAAAACGUGGCCCUCCAUGGCCCGCCACAGCAAGCUCCAGCUGCAAGUUCUGAGCCUGUACCGAAACUUCCUCCGAGCCGCCAAGGACAAGCCGGGCUUUCUGCCUCGGAUACGGGCCGAGUUCCGGAAGCAUGGCCAGAUCCCUCGGGUGGAUGUCAUGCAUAUUGAAUACCUCCUUCGGCGUGGACAGAGGCAGCUGGAGCUGCUCAGAGAUGUUCAUACCAAGCAGAUGGGCGUCUUCCUCAAAACAAAACAGGAGCAGUUGACUUAG